ACUAAGUUCGACGAGUGACACUCAAAAAUGGCUUCGUCGUCUCCAAUGCUCCUCCUCUACACACUACUGCUACUUUCGCUCUCCUCUCUCGCUCUAACCCUCCAACAUAACGCCAACUUUUCUCUCUCUUUCUCUCUAUUCUCCUUCUCUCUCUCCCAAUCAAACCUCUCUUCCAUGGCCGCCGCCGUCGCCGCCGGAAAAUUCUCCAAGAAGGAUUCUCCGCCGUCCGAUUACAUCUACCAAUCGCGGUUCAAAUAUUCAAUGGCUCUGAUCGUUUCCCUCCCAAUCGGGACCCCGCCCCAGGCCCAGCAGAUGGUCCUCGACACCGGCAGCCAGCUGUCCUGGAUCCAAUGCCGGCGCCGGAAAUCCCCGCCGGCGGCGACUUUCGACCCCUCCCGGUCGUCGUCCUUCGCCGUGCUCCCCUGCAACCACCCCGCCUGCAAACCCCGAAUUCCCGAUUUUACCCUCCCCACAACCUGCGACCAGAACAAACUCUGCCAUUACUCCUACUUCUACGCCGACGGAACCCUCGCCGAGGGCAAUCUCGUCACAGAAAAAUUCGCCUUUUCCGGCGGCCGGAAAGUCACACCUCCUCUAAUUCUCGGCUGCGCCGGCCCCGCCGCCGCCGCCGCCGAGGGCAUUCUCGGAAUGAACCUCGGCCGCCUCUCCUUCGUCUCUCAGGCGAAAAUCCCAAAGUUUUCUUACUGCGUCCCGCCGCGGCAGGGCGGCGCCGCCGGCGGGAAAUUCUACCUCGGAGAGAAUCCGAACUCCCGGACCCUAAAAUACACGAGCCUGUUGACCUUCCGGGGGAGUCAACGGAAGCCGAAUUUCGACCCGUACGCCUACACCGUCGGUCUGGUGGCGAUAAAAGUCAACGGGGCGGCGCUGGACAUACCUCCGGCGGUGUUCCGGCCGGACGCCGGCGGGUCGGGGCAGACGAUAAUCGACUCCGGCACGCAGUACAGUUUUCUGGUGGACGGCGCGUACGAGAAGGUGAGGGCAGCGGUGGCGCGUGUCGCCGGCGGGAGGAUGAAGAAAGGCUACGUUUACGGAGGAUCGUUGGAUAUGUGCUUCGACGGGGAGGCGGAGGAGAUCGGACGGCUGAUACGGGAGAUGGUUUUUGUGUUUGAAAACGGGGUGGAGAUUGUGGUGGGGGCCGAGGGGGUGACAGCUGGCAUGGGAGGUGGGGUCCACUGCGUGGGGAUCGGACGGUCAGGAUCGCUCGGAGUCAGCAGUAAUAUUAUUGGCAAUUUUCAUCAGAGGAAUCAUUGGGUGGAAUUCGACGUGGCCAAUAAGCGCGUGGGUUUGGGUGUGGCUGAUUGUACCAAAGAAAUUUGAAAUUUAUAUUUUAUUUUGUUAUUAGGGUAUGUAUUUUAUUUUAUUUUAUUUAUUGAUUAGUUACAUUUAAUAACAAUUGACCUGUGGUUAGGGUAAAUUGGUUGCUUUAUGGAAGAUGUCACAACAUAGGGCAUGAAAUUCUUGCUAUGGAUUAUGGACUCUAUAAUUUUACCUUUA